UGUCAACAACCAAAAGAAACAAUGGCGGGUUCGGAGCCUUCUCCUUCUCCAAAAAUCCUUCUAGCAAAGCCCGGACUCGUCGCUGGAGGUCCCGUCGCCGGAAAAUUCGGUCGAGGCGGCGCCGCCGAUGAUGAUUCCACUCAGCUCCGUUCUCGUCUUCCUUCUGUGGCGUCCCUUAACCUUCUCUCCGAUUCCUGGGAUUUCCACAUCGAUCGUUUUCUCCCUUUUUUGACUGAGAAUACAGACUUCACUGUGGUUGGAGUGAUUGGGCCACCUGGAGUUGGCAAAUCCACUAUUAUGAAUGAACUCUAUGGUUUUGAUUCAACUUCGCCUGGGAUGCUACCACCUUUUGCCAUACAGUCUGAAGAAACUAGAGCUAUGGCAAGGCACUGUUCCACGGGCAUUGAACCAAGGAUUUCAACUGAACGUAUUAUUCUUCUCGAUACCCAGCCUGUAUUCAGUGCUUCUGUUUUAACUGAGAUGAUGAAACCAGAUGGCUCUUCAACAAUUUCAGUGCUAAGUGGAGAAACCUUGUCAGCUGAAUUGGCUCAUGAACUUAUGGGUAUUCAGCUUGCUGUUCUUCUAGCAUCCAUAUGUCAUAUUCUGCUGGUAGUGUCAGAGGGAGUCCAUGAUGAUAACAUGUGGCAUUUGAUGUUAACGGUUGACUUGUUGAAGCAUGGCAUUUCAGACCCAUCCUUGAUGACUUCAUCGCUAUCACAGAGCUCUAGUUCAGGGCUUGAGAAAGAUAAACUUCCUGAACAUGAAGAAUAUGUGGCUACUCCUGUGUUUGUACACACCAAGUAA